CUUCGAUGUCUUCGACCAAACCAUACAAUCAAUGAAUGUCAAUCACGUUAUUCUUGUCGUUUUUGUCGUGGGCCUCAUUCAGCUGUAAUUUGUAAUCAAAGAGGUACUACCAAUCAAUCUCAAUUAAUUGACCAUUCAUCAUCAACCAUUAGUGCUGCUAAUCAGGGAAAAGCCAACUGGAUAAUCAAUAUAAUGGAUUUCGACACUCUUAUCAACGAACGUACUACUAUAAGACAAUGGGUAACACGAAAGUUUAACCAGGCCCAGUCUAAUUGUUUGGAAAAAACAGAAAAUAUGAAAGAAUUAGUGACGCAAAAAAUCUCACGUUUGUUCCAAAUUGACGAUGAAUUGGAUGGUCAUGGCUAUGUUCAAGAGGAAAUUGAAAGAUAUGGAACAAGUUGUGCACACUUGACAAAAUAUUUCAGUGGUGUAAACCACGUGGUCGCNCGCAGUAAAAUAGUCAAAAACACUAAUAGUCACUCUGGAUUAGUCAAAAUUCUGAUUAGUCGGCCUGCAUUAGUCAAAUUCUGA